UUAGUUAAACCAAAAAUAAAAAACGAAAAAAAUUAAAUAUUGAUCUGAUCUUCUCUCCCCAAAAUGGUUGCCCAUCGAUCUGUUCCUACUCUCCAUCAUCCUCCUCCUCACCAUCUCCGUCGACCCUUCCUCCGUCAAUCCCCCUCAAACCCGAUCCUCCAAUCACUUCCCCACAAUCCAACCCAUCUAAUUGAAAUAUCUCUCUCCACUCUCUGCUUCAUCUUCUUCUUCCCCAAAAAUCCCCAAUAUUCUCAAACUCCCGGUCAAUUCUAAAACCUAGCUCUUUCGAGCCAUCUCCAUCCUCCCGCUCUGUGCUUAACCCUUGUCGCCAUUUCUCCCCAAACCCGUUGGGAAGUCCAACCUCCUAUCGCUCUAGGCGAAGAACGAGUUCAACCUCCACUACAAGACCACCAUCGGCGUGGAGUUCCACAUCUAGAGCAUGGAAAUCGACAACAAGGAGGUCAAGGCCCAGAUUUGGGACACCACCGCCCAAGAGAGGUUUCGCGCCGUCACCUAUUCUUACUACAGGCGCGCCUUCGACGCCCUCGUCGUCUACGACAUCAGCCGCAAGACCACCUUCGACAACGUCAGACGAUGGCUGGAUGAGCUCAAAAGUAAGUAUGCCCAGCUGUGCUCAUUUCAAUUUCUACUCUUUCUUUUGCAUUCGUCGAUUGAAAUUGAUUGUGGCUGGGAGGUUGGAAGUAGAUCUGAAGCUUUGAACUGAAAUUGAGGAGCUAAUCGAAUCUUUCCAUUCUGUGGAGUAGUGGUUUUUUUAUAAUAUCGCUUCAUAUGGGGGAAUUAGAAUUCUUGGCGCGGAGCUAGCUAGCAUUUGUCUGGAUGUGUUUGCUUCUACUCAGUGGUUCCCUCUUUGUUACUGUAUUGAUGAAACUUUAUCGAGCGAUGAGUUCGGUGGUAUGAGAUACGAGGAAGAAGAAAGGCGGAGUGGUAGAGAAAGGUGCAGGGGAGCACCGAUGGAUACUCCAAAUGUCAUAAGUAAAAGCAUCCCAACUUGCACCAUAAUGUCAUAAACAUUAACAUAAUGU